GCGCGUGCGUAAAAAUUUUCUUACCAACAUUCAACAAGACAGAGUGAUUUAUUCUCUAUGAAAAUAUAUUAUUGUUGUUGUGUUAGUUUAUAAUCUCCUGCAGUCACCUGAUGAUGAUUAUAGCUGUAAUAACCUGUCAAUUUUUUCGACAUUAUUAUUGUUAAUAUUUAAAUUACAACAAAACAGAACAAUUAUAAAGUUAGAAGAUUGGAAGAUUGUUAACUACAAUAAAAAAGUUUUCUAACAUAAUGCAAAAAAAAUAAUUGUCAACAGAAGUAUUAUUAACAAAACAAUAAUAAUAAUAAUAAUAAUAAUAAUGGUUAUUGAAAAAAAAUUGAGUGUUUAACAAAAGUGUUCUGAUGUGGUCUGAUGAUGGGGUGGACCAAAGUAAUGUCAAUAUGGGCAGUCACUUGGGCCUUUUGCUUGAUAGUCCGGGGGCUGGUUAAUCCUUCCUCGCUGCCUCUGUCCUCGGGCUCCUCGCCUUCAAUGUCUCAGCAGAAUGUCAAGCAAGUUCCCUGCGACAAAACUCGCAAGAUAUUUACAAACUCAUGGGGAGUAAUCAGCGACGGGCCUAUGGGUUCUAAUUACACCCAGGAUUCUCACUGCGAGUGGCUUAUUAAAGCAAACAACAGCAGACAAUUUAUAACCUUGAGCUUCAGGACAAUGGGAACAGAGUGCAGUUAUGAUUACGUAUUUGUAUACGACGGAGAUUCAUUUCGUUCGCCUCUUCUAGGCAGCUUUAGUGGCAAAACUGAGCCUCAGCAAGUGACAUCAUCAUCCGGUUAUAUGCUAAUUCUGUUGUACAGCGACACUAACUACGUUUUAGACGGAUUUCAUGCCGAGUUUUCAGUUACUGAUUGUCCAAACAACUGCACCAGGCACGGCAAGUGCAUCAACAACACCUGUGUCUGUGAAAAUGAUUGGGGAGGAAAGGAUUGCUCAAGGGAAUUGUGUCCAAACAACUGCAGCGAGGCUGGGACUUGCGGAGUCAAACGGUGCCAAUGUCGGAAAGGUUUUUCUGGACAAUCUUGCUCCUUGCAUGCUACUCAUCCUGAUGGUAACAAAUGGCAUUGGUUAUCGCAUUCAGAGGGUGGAAUGACACCUCGAGCUGCUCACACAGCCAUCUAUGACAGCAAAACAGAUUCUCUCUACGUAUUUGGUGGUUACAAUCUAAACUACGUCCUCAGUGACCUCCAAGUCUAUCGAUUCAACACCAGUCAGUGGGAAAACGAAUUUGGGCAAGUGCUGGAAGGUGCUUCUGCUGCUGAAUAUUUGGACCCCAUGCUAAUUGCUGGUGAAUUGGAACGUAUUGGACUGAACGGUGCUGAAGAAAAGUACGGAAUAUCAUCGAGUUCGUUGGUCUGGAAGGUCCUCUCCAAUAUAAAAAAUAGUUCAAGCAGUUUCAAUUUUCGGGACAGUAUCAGGAGCGCUGCUGACAGCGGUGAUAAUAAUUGGCGAGAAUUCAUCGGCGGGCCUGAUUAUCAUUUUACCAGACCUGCUAGAAAAAAACGACAGGUUCCGGUAGAGACUACACCUCUGCCAGAUGAUGAUGAUGAUGAUAUGGUUGUGAUAAAAGUAAAUGACAAUGAAAACCAGGAAAAACAAAUCCUGAAAAGUCAUCCUAGUCCAAGAUACGGCCACGCGGCCUGUAAGUACAAAAAUGGAUUUGUUAUUUAUGGAGGAAAAUUGGCUAAUGGGUCACUGUCAAAUCAUCUCUGGCACUACAAUAUUGAAACGAGAGUUUGGACUCUGAGAGCAAGAGAGUCUGGGUUGAUUCCUCCACCGCUUACUCGACAUACUUUAACCCUUGCCGGUGAUGAUUAUGAUCAAAAAAACGGUUUUAUAUACCUAUUUGGAGGAAGCACAGUUGACGGAGAAUUCUCCUCAAGUUUGUACAGUAUAAAGUUAAAUUUUACCCAUCCGGAAGAAGAACAGUGGCGCCAAUUGGUUGUUCGCGGUGGAAAAGAAUUGGAUGUGCGAGUUGUCGCUCACUCAACUGUCUAUCACAAAGCGACAAAUUCACUGCUGGUGUACGGUGGUGUGGUAGCAAGCGUUGCGAGGUUCAGCAAACUCUCUGACAGGAUGUUUGUCUUUCAGUUGAACCGCAAAGUCUGGUCAGAGAUUCAUUACCCGCGUGCACAUCUCCGAGACACUUAUGUUCCGCGAGAGCGCGCUUUUCACACUUGCAACAUUGUCGGUAAUUACUUGGUGGUAUUUGGCGGGUACUCCCAUCGACACAAUAAGGAAGAAAUUUGUUAUGACAACCAGAUGUACUUGUAUCACUUGGGCUGUCAUGUCUGGAUUAGCCACGAGGUCUUUGGAGUCACCGAUCACAGAGACGGUGCUGGAUAUCCCAAACAACAGGGAGUUUUUGCUCAUGCAGCUGAUGUAAGGAACGGCAAUACUUUGUUACUUGUUGGUGGGUAUCACGGGAACGUAAAUGCUGAUCUUUUGGCGUACACUUUGCCGCCGAUGCUGGCACCCGGUGACGGUGAUUACACUGGAGCUGAGCCAGAGCAGCUUUGUUUCAAGCACAAGACCUUUACAGAGUGCUCUGCCAAUCCAGAGUGUGGAUGGUGUUCUGCUGACGAGAUCUGCUAUGGAAGAACAAUCGGAAGUAAUUGUACAACCAAUUUACAAACUUCCCGUUGUCCUGGUGUGUGUCCUGCUUUGGGUGAUUGUCACUCUUGUUUGAUUCACGGACAGCCCAGCAGCGGAACCGGCAACUGGGGAACCAAUUCUCGGGGAAAAAUUUCUAUUUCAAACAAGUUAAACCUUGGAACGUGUACUUGGUGUGUUCAAAAUGCCCGUUGUCAUCACAAAGACGAUAAUUAUGGCGUGUGUGGUCUGCGUGAUGACACUUUGUCCCAGAUUCCAGGCUGGUGGGGACCAAAAGGCACUGAAAUAGUAAGAGUAGAUGAGUGUCGUGAGCUGGAUCGUCGACCUGGAUUGACGUUUCUCAAGUACAAACCUCCUGUAAACUUCACCCAACCGGAUUCAGUUACCAUUGUCAAUGCUACGACUAUUGAUUUCAAUGUUCCAUCUAUGCAAGGCGCUAAAACAGAGUCUGGCCUAGGUGGAGAGAUGAUUGCCCGGCUUACCGGGUUCCUCAGACUUCCGCAGUACUUUUGGGAUGACAGCGCUGAAAAUUUAAAGAUUUGUGUUAGCUACAACAGCGCUACUCUACGAGUCACUCACAAUCUUGAUGAUCGUGAUAGUAGUGAUGAAAAAUUGGAAUUUGUGGCUAAUUUAACUGCUGAAACAUCCCAGUGUAUUCCGACAAAAUGGCCCGAUGGAACGAAAAUGUCGCUACAGCCAAAUGGCCGGUAUUUUCUGGACUUUGAAUCGAAACGAAUGGUCACUGUGAAUUACGCCUACCCGAGUAAAAUGGAAAUAACUCACAGCAAAAAAUCAGAGAACCCCAAGGUCUUUACUUUUGAGUACCUUGAACCGUAUCAGAACGGAACUUGCAGUCAGUACAGCAAUUGUCUUCACUGUUUGACCGAUUCGUCUUGCGGAUGGUGUGAGUUGAACAACAAGUGCUUGUCUCGUGCUCUCAAUGAAACUGAAAGCUGUUUAACCACUGUCGAGUAUAACCACAAAAAUAUUACCGAGUGGCGUUAUCUGACCAUAACGCCAUCUACAUGUGCCAAUUGCUCAAACUACAUAACCUGUGAGUCCUGUGUGACGACCAGUUUGUGCGAAUGGUGGACCGAAGAGGCCAGAUGUGCUCGAAUUGGUCGACUACCCAACAGUAUUCUCAGUGUCGAUCAGUGUCCUAUUCCGUGUCGACACAGAACCAACUGUACUCAGUGUUUGGACGAAAAAGGCCGCUGUGUUUGGUGUGAAGCGACACAUGAGUGCUUUUCCUUCUCUGUUUAUACUUCAGAGUACCAGUUUGGGUUGUGUCGCGAGUGGAUGGACCAAGCUGGUCUGAUGGGUGUCACUUCUAGGUCCUCAUCAUCAUCAUCAUCAUCAUCAUCAUCAUCAUCAUCAUCAUCAUCAUCAUCAUCAUCAUCAUCAUCGGAUCAAGGAUUCUCUUCGGGAAACUAUCAGUGUAAAAGUUGUAGCCGUCAUACCAACUGUACAAACUGUUUGCACUCUUUGAGUUGUGGUUGGUGCUACAGUCUUGAUAAUCCAAUCACUGGAGUUUGCGUCCAGGGUGAUUUUAAUCGGCCCCAUGUCAAUUGCAGUCUUGCCAUCAAUGAUUACUACGCGAUAAACGAAACGACGUUGAUAAAUCGUGAAUCUGGAUGGGCGUAUGCCCAGUGCCCGGAUGUCGAUGAGUGUGAUCUUGGACUACACGACUGUCAUCCCAACGCUAUUUGUACCAACACUCACGGAAGCUACAGCUGUCAGUGCAAGCGAGGGUUCAACGGUGAUGGUCGGGAAAAUUGUACCAAAACUUGCUACGAAAAGUGUGUUAAUGGUUAUUGCAGUGAAGCCCCAGAUUACAAAUGUGAGUGCAAUCUUGGAUGGACUGGCCCCGAUUGCAAAACCAAUUGUGGCUGCUACAAUCAUUCAACUUGUAUUAGUGCUGUAGGAGUGUGUGAUGAAUGCCAAGAUUGGACUACAGGUCAAUACUGUGAGGAGUGCAAAGCUGGAAGCUUCGGUAAUGCCACUACGUCGUUGGGAUGCAGGAAAUGUAAUUGUAACGAGCAUGGAGACCGCGAUAUUGAUUACUGUGAUCGACAGACUGGCAAGUGCUUCUGCAAAGACAACACUGAAGGCGAAAUGUGUGAAAAAUGCAAAAAAGGUUACUACGGAGAUCCAAAAAAUGGCGGAAUGUGCUAUUACGGGUGCAUGUCUCGUGGAAUGCUCACUGGACCUCAAGGUGGAAUGACUGGCAAGCAAGGUCUAGGGAGUAGAUACUCCCAAUUAUCACUUUGGGAGAGUCAUCUUGCUGGUAGUCCUACUCGCGAGUGUCUCUGGAUUGUCCGUCCAUCCAACGGUCAGUUAAUGACCAAUUCCAGUGAUGAUAAUAAUAACAAUGAUAAUGAUGAUGAUGAUGAUGAUGAUGAUGAUGAUGAUAUCGCUCCUCAGAGCAUCAUUCAGUUUACAAUUAAUGAAGAUAUCAAUGUAAGCUGUCAGGAAAACAGUGUCUAUGUCUACGACGGUCUCCCUGAUUUUGUUUCAUCGACCAGCAGCCAUCAGAGCCAACUGUUGGGUGUUUAUUGCACUGAAAGUACCAACUACCCGGUGACUGUUGAAGCCAAGUCGGGGACUCUCACUGUUCAUUACAAACAACUGGAUGAAGUUGAAGGGUUCAACGCGAGCUACAUUGUUAUGACUUGUGGGAUAAACUGUCCGGAAAAUAGAGAAUGUAGAAACGGUCAGUGUCUUUGCAAAGUUGGUUUUGUUGGUAUUGAUUGUGAUGUUGAAUUGUGUCCAAACAAUUGCACUUCCUCGAAGAAACAGGGUGUCUGUGAUAAAAGUUACGGCCACUGUGUCUGUGCGGUUGGAUUUGGUGGUCGUGAUUGCUCAAUUAAAUUAAAGUCUCAUCAAUUGGUAUUCACGGAACUGUUCAAUUCCGAGUAUCUUGCUGAUAAUUUGGAUCACUUACGGAAGACACUACCAAGAUUUGGACACAGUCUUGUUGCAGAUAGACGAGGAAGUCUCUGGAUGUUUGGCGGGUACUCACUGAGCCAUGGUCCGUUGAAUGACAUUCGUCUUUUCGACACUAGAAACAAUACUUGGAUGCCGGUCACCGUUGAAUCUACUUCGGAGGCUUCUAUGCCUCAAGGCCGGUACUUUCACGCUGCUGAGAUAGUUCACAGUCGUCAACAGAUUUACGUCUACGGAGGAUUGUCACGCAAAGAGGAAGUCCCCCCACCAUUAGCAGGACACACUUUGACUCUACGUCGCAACGCCGAGUCAGAGAGUUUGAUUUUAAUCGGUGGUUUCAGUCCCAAAUAUGGAUAUCUAGACAGUGUCUGGGAAUUUAAUUUAGAAACAGAGUUAUGGUCGGUGAUGACAACACGAGGAAACGGUCCUCUGGGUGUCUAUGGACACUCGACAGUUUAUCACACCAAAUCCGACAGUUUGUAUGUAUUUGGUGGGUAUACUUACGCUGUCAAUCGAACGUUUAUAUCAAAUAAAUUGUACGCUCUGAAUUAUAAAACAUACACGUGGUCUGUCCUUCCGCCUUUUAAUGACAACAAUGACAACACUGAAGUUGGUAGUUUACCUCAAGCAAGAUUUCUUCACUCUGCUGUAACUACUGAUGAGUACAUGGUGAUUUUUGGUGGUCGCCAGAAUCCGUACAACACCAACGAUUCGUUAAUCGCCUACGAGUAUGCCUGCAAUUUAUGGAUUCGGCUGAUUACUAAAGACACUGAAAUAAUUGGAAUUCCUCCUCCACCGGCGUAUGCUCACGCGAUGACUCACGCUGAUCCAGAAGUUAAUGCAAUCUAUGUCGUAGGUGGAUUUGACGGUGGAAUAAACAGCCAUGUCACUCAAAUAAACAUUCCAGACGAUCUUUGCAAUUUAUGGACAGAAAAAAUUGUCUGUAGAAAGUAUUUCGGGUGCUCAUUUUGCUCGGUAAUCACCAUUGCAGGUAACAACGAGUCGUAUUGUUUUUCAAACCAGCAGAGUUCAGCGACUCACCGUGUUGAUAAAUGCAACACCAACGUUACCAUGUCGCAGCGGUCGAACGGUGUUUACUGCAAUUACGAGUGGAUGGCCAGUCGAAAGUGUCAAAACUUGAAAAGCUGCACAGAAUGCUUGGCACAGUGGCCUUAUUACCGUGAUAAUGAGGAUGAGGAUGACGAGGACGUCACACCUAUUUGUAAAUGGUGUACAAAUUGUCCGACUCCUUAUGGUAAGUGCAUACCCGCGGAAAAGGACUGCGAUGAGCAAAACAAAUGCAACUCACGGCAAGUUUCAAUAAUGGAUGUUAAUCAGUGCGGGGAGAGACAGUGUCCUGCUAGUGAUUGUGAAAAGUGCAGCAAAUUGGAUGAAGACUGCGUUUGGACGCGUCAGGUACUAAAAACUUCCGACACCUGCUUGAAACACUCUCACUGCGGAUGGUGCUCUCUCGACUCUACCAACAUUACUGGACAGGGAAUUUGCACCGAGGGAUCUCUUGAAGCACCCACAGAUCAUCCAGCUGGUGGUACCUGCGAGAUGCUAUUCAACCAACUUAAUCCACCUACUGAACCUAUUACAACGACGGUAAUGCCUCAUGAUUUCACAGAUGCAAUCGUCAUCGAACAGGAUUUCAUUGAUCUGAUUACAAAUGAAACAUUUUCAAUAGUUAACACUAAAAUGUUAUUUUCCUGGCACUAUGUACGCUGUCCUCCGGAAAAUGAAUGCAUCAAUGGUCAUCAUACUUGUUCAGCAAAGAGCGAAAAAUGUUUUGACCUGGAUGAAGGUUUUGAGUGCAUGUGUGGAGACGGUUACAAGAAUGAAACAACCUGGUCAACGUCUCUGUCAUUUUCAUCAUCAUCAUCAUCGUCCUCGAUGUUAACAUUACCGUCAAUGAAUGAAUAUGGACGAAAAAUGUGUGUGCCAAUGUGUACUCAAGGUUGCGUUCGCGGAACCUGUAUAGAGCCAAAUGUAUGUCGCUGUGAUUUUGGAUACGUCGGUGCCAACUGUUCUAUUCAGUGUCAAUGCAACGGACACAGCAACUGUGCUGGUCCAGACAAACUUGAUGUGUGUCUAAAGUGUCACAACAACACCAUGGGUGCUCAGUGUGACAAAUGCGAGCCGCUCUAUGUUGGCAACCCUGCAGACAACGGACAGUGCGUUCCGUGUUUGGAAUACUGCAAUGGUCAUACUCGGAUUUGCAUCAACGAAAGCAUGACAGUCUCUGAUCCUAAUUCAGUGGAUCGCAUGUCCAUUGAAUUGCUUCAGAAACAAUUGAUAGAAGGACCAGUUGCCAAAGCAAAGUGUGUCAAUUGCGGGAACAAUACUCGCGGUGAUAAAUGCGGUGAGUGUGUGUCUGGUUACUUCCGUGGUACUGAAGAUUUGCGUGAUGUUUGUCGACCGUGUGAGUGUCACGGUCACGGUAACACAUGCGAUCCAGUUACCGGUGAAAAAUGUAAUUGUGGAAACAACACAGAGAGCGAACCACUGUGUACCAGCGGACCAUCUAAGUCUGGUAAUCCAGGUGGUGGAAAACCUUGCUGGAUGGUACAGUGCAGCAAGUGUCGAGAAAAUUAUGCUGGAAAUCCAACUAUGGGCCAUCAAUGCUACAAAACAGUUACUGUUGACAAUAAAAUGUGUUUCGAUUCAAAGUUGAUUGACGAGUGCAAGCUCAAGCCAAAACCACUAAAUCCAGGUCAAACUGUCUUCUAUAUGGUUCAACCCAGAUUUAUGAAUGUUGACAUACGAAUAAUGGUGGAUGUCACCCAAGGAGCGCUAGAUUUAUUCCUCAGUCCCCGUGAUGACUCCUUUGUAGUGACAAUAAACUCGACGACAGGUUAUCAAGAUGUUGAAUUGGACGGUAGAUUCAAGUGGCGGAAAGAUCACUACGACAAUUGGUUUGAAGAUGAUCACUCUAUGCUGGAUCGAAUUCGUAUCGUUGAAUUUCAUCCCCACUCGCCUUACUCCCCUUACUCCCCUUACUCCCCUUACUCCCCUUACUCCCCUUACUCGUCGAUGAUCAAUUCGUCUGGACAAGUGGAACAGACCAACUGGAACAACGGACCGCAGUUCUUAGUAAUGGAACGCUACGCUUCAGACAAUCUCGCUACCUUUGUUACUAUUGAACAGCGAAAUACCUUUUUGGUAAUUCGGAAUCUUACCAAUCGACUGGUACUGACACUACCGGAAGAUAAACACGAGCUAGGUCUAACAAAGUUCCAUAUUGCUUUGAGAGCCAUAGACCCACCGUAUGUUGUUGAUUCAGCAGGAGGACGCGCUGCAUAUGGAAUGAUAUUUUUCCGUCAAGAUCAACUGCACAUUGAUCUCUUUGUAUUUUUUUCAGUAUUUUUUUCUUGUUUCUUCCUGUUUUUAGCAGCGUGUGUAGUCGCUUGGAAGACAAAGCAAGCUGCCGAUGUCAGACGAGCAAGAAGACGGCAUGUUGUUGAAAUGCUUCACAUGGCCAAACGACCAUUUGCUUCAGCGAUUAUUCUUUAUGACAAUCGGGAUGGAAAUCUGGGAGACAGUCCAACUUCACCUCAACAACGGAAACCCGCCAGGUUGGCAAGGAACAAAAUAGUUAAUUUCCACAGUGACGUAAGACCCGUGGCCGUUGAACCAACGGACGAUGGUGUCGCUGCUGUAGCGACUGUUUUUAUCAGGCUUCCCGGUGGUCCCCAUGCUCCCGUUAAAUUAGCCCUUGGAAGCUCCUUGAUUCUACUGACGCGCGUCUAUCCAGUAAACAGUCGCGUUUUUUUACGCCGUCGUAACAGUCACGCUGUAAGUUAAUAAAUUAUGAUAAUUAUGAAAAGUAAACUUUGAUACCAUGACCGAUUUUACACCAGUGAUUAAUUAUGUAUUAUAAUAAUAAUAAUAAUAAUAAUAAUAAUAAUGAAUACCGG